GGAGCAUCUGAUUGGCCGGCGGGCGCGGGGCAGGUGUUACUACUGCGGCGCGCGAGGGAGCGGGCGGGCGGAGCGGAGCCGCAGCGGCCGGGCACCGGGAAGGCGGAGAGGGGCCUGGACUCCGGGAGCGCGGCGUCCUGCCCGCUGCCCUCGCCGAGAGCUCGGGCUCACCGCGCCGGAACGUCCCCGGCCGUCCCUCUGCCACCAUGAGGAACAUCUUCAAGAGGAACCAGGAGCCCAUGGUGGCUCCCACCACCACCACCACCACCAUGCCUGCUGAGCCCCUGGACAACUCCACCGAGAGUGGAGGCGCCAGGGAGGGCAAGGGGGACCUGUUUGCCACGUUGAAGGACCGAUUCUUCAAUGAGAUGGUCAAGCUCCCUCUGCCCCCCUGGGCGCUGGGCGCCAUCGCGGUGCUCCUGGGCCUUCUGCUCCUCGCCUGCUGCUUCUGCAUCUGCAAGAAGUGCUGCUGGAAGAAGAAGAAGAACAAGAAGGAGAAGGGCAAGGGCGCCAAGAACGCCAUGAACAUGAAGGACAUGAAGGGUGGCCAGGACGAUGACGACGCCGAGACGGGCCUGACGGAGGGCGAGGGCGAGGGUGAGGCCGAGGAGCCGGAGAACCUGGGGAAGCUGCAGUUCUCCCUGGACUACGACUUCCAGGCCAACCAGCUCACCGUGGGCGUCCUGCAGGCCGCGGAGCUCCCCGCCCUGGACAUGGGCGGCACCUCGGACCCUUAUGUCAAGGUCUUCCUCCUUCCAGACAAGAAGAAGAAAUAUGAGACCAAAGUCCAUCGGAAGACGCUGAACCCCGCCUUCAAUGAGACUUUCACCUUCAAGGUGCCCUACCAGGAGCUGGGGGGCAAGACCCUGGUGAUGGCCAUCUACGACUUUGACCGCUUCUCCAAACACGACAUCAUCGGGGAGGUGAAGGUGCCCAUGAACACCGUGGACCUGGGGCAGCCCAUCGAGGAGUGGAGGGACCUGCAGGGCGGAGAGAAGGAGGAGCCGGAGAAGCUGGGUGACAUCUGCACCUCGUUGCGCUACGUGCCCACGGCUGGGAAGCUCACCGUCUGCAUCCUGGAGGCCAAGAACCUCAAGAAGAUGGACGUGGGUGGCCUUUCAGACCCCUACGUGAAGAUCCACCUGAUGCAGAACGGCAAGAGGCUCAAGAAGAAGAAGACGACAGUGAAGAAGAAGACCCUGAACCCGUACUUCAACGAGUCCUUCAGCUUCGAGAUCCCCUUCGAGCAGAUCCAGAAAGUCCAGGUGGUGGUCACCGUGCUGGAUUACGACAAGCUGGGCAAGAACGAAGCCAUCGGCAAGAUCUUCGUGGGCAGCAGCGCCACGGGCACGGAGCUGCGGCACUGGUCCGACAUGCUGGCCAACCCCCGCCGGCCCAUCGCCCAGUGGCACUCACUGAAGCCCGAGGAGGAGGUGGACGCGCUGCUGGGCAAGAACAAGUAGGGGCCGCGGCCAGAGCCGCUGCUGCCUCAGCUGGGCAGCCCUCGAGGCGUCCCUGCCCACCCGUGUGCGGCCGUGCCCUCGCUCCUCUGCCCUCGUCCUCUUUCUAAAGACCCCCUCCCUCCAACGGCGGCUGAGGAGGGCCCCUCGGAGGUGAGAGAAGCCUGGCCCGUCGUCGCCCCGGGAGCUUCCUCGCUGCAUGCCCGCCACCCUCCUCCUCCAAAGCUCCGCCCAGCCCUUACCCCGAGGGAGGCUCUCUCGGCAGAAAGUGGUGGCAUUUUCUGUUUUCUGAGCGUUCCGGACCAACGCAAUGGCAGCACCUCCUGACUCCUGACGGAAGGCAGCCAGCGGCCAGGGAUCCGUGCGUGUGUGCGCAUCCCCUGUGCUCGUGGAGGGCCGCGGACAGGGUGCCUUGUGGGAGCAGAGGGCUUAGAACCCUGCUCAGACUGGGGAACUCCCACGCUGUGUGGGAGUGGCUGUUUGUUUGUUUGGGAGGCGAGACGGGGAGACUGGACUGUGCAGAGCCAGGACCAAAGCCCGGUGCCGGCGUGGACCUCCUCCUGCUGCCGGGGGCUUCCCGGGACACCACAGACCUGAGCUAUAGGCUAGACUGGCUGGACUUGAACGGGGACUGUCCAUCCCGCGACCUCACCUUGCUGACGGGUGAUGUCAAACCGCAAAGAAACAGAAGACCCGCUUCCCAGAAAGGCCAAAAUGAAACUGCCGGGCCUUUGCCCUUGCGGUGGGAGACCCAGAUGUCGGCUCCCUUUCUAGGACGGAAGCCAGCAGUCACUGGCAUCUCUUCCCCUCCCGCCUGUGCUUCUCCCUUAAUCAAAGUGGAGCUGCGCUGUCUGAAGACACGGUAUCCGUUCAGGGCCAGAGGGCUUGAAAAGGAAGGUUUACAGGUUCUUAGCUCCCCUGAGGCCCAGGUAAGGAGGGGAGGGUAGUGGACAGCUAGCUGAGUUUUCCCAGGGGUCCUGCGGGGAGGCCCCCGCCCAGCACUCCCGAGGGACUUGCUGUGAAUCCCGAGGAGCAGGGCGGCCAUUCCGAGCGGUGGCGGAGGACGUGGGCCGGGUUCUGCCCCGCGGUCACUGUGCUCGUUCCCCGCUCACCUCGUGUCCCCAGCAUCGAUAAAAAGCCAUAUAUACGUUAGUCCAGUGUGCACCGAGUCUCCUUCCAAACCUGCAGCCUGGGCGAGAGCAUGCGGCCCCCCUCAGCCGCCCUCGUCUCUGCAGCUGCAGGCCCCGGCCCUCUCCUCGGCCCAGAACACUCAAGGCUUCCCAGCACCCGUGGCAGCACCCGUGGCAGCCUCUUUCCCAGCACCCGUGGCAGCACCUCCCACCCCGUCGAGCCCCCCUGGCGUCUGCGGGCACCUGAGGCAGAGGGACGUCUCUUUCACUGUCAGAAAGGAGCAGGCAUGUGUUCCUGCCCGGCUGCGUUUCCUGGCCGGGCAGGUGGUAAGAAGCCGUCUCCUCCAGGAGCAGCAGCUGGGCAGUGGGGCUCAGGCUUGCCCGUGGCCCUUGGUCCUCAGGAAGUCAUUCUUCACUUGAUGCCGAGAAGCUGGGACCUGACGAAGACUGUGGGCUGGUCCUAGGGCCCGGGCUGUAGGACAAGAGUGAGGCUUCAGGCCCGGGGGACCACAGGGGGCUGUCCCGGCCUGGAUGCCCCCCUGCAGAGCUAUGGGAUCUGGUGCUUCCUCGGGGCCCCCUCCCCCCAGCCUCCCCCGGGGCCCACAGAGCUGACUUCUCACCCUCCACCUUCACUCUCCCGCCCCUUCCCGACCACCUUCCACCAUCUGGGAUUCUCGUCCACCCCCCUGAGCCCAGGACUCGCCUCUCUCCCGGCGGGAAGGGGAGAGGCUCCGCAGCACGUCUGCUGCUCUGGGGGUCCUGGGCCCGGAGACGCGGCUGGAUUACGGCUCUGGGCCCACCUCGAGUGGGUAGCCUCAGGGGCAGGGAGGUUGAGUGUGGGCACCAGUGCGGAGCCAAGGGGACGCGGGAGGGGAGCAGUGUGCUCCUGGGUUCUGGCCGGUCCUGGCUGGGCCCCUGCCUCAGAGGAGCCGUCUGAGCAGAAGGCAUCUACCGGGCCCACAAACUAGGUGGGGAAACAACACUGGUCCCAAGUGUCCUGCACCUGAGGGUCCUUACCCAGUCCACAGAGCACCUUCACUGCCACCAGGCUCGUUUCUGGCGUGUCGGCAUCCUGCCCUGAGUGGGCCAGAACUAAGGUUGGCUACGAGGGGUUCUGGAGGCCUCCAGGCUGUGCGUUUUCACUCCCAAAGUCUAUUGCAGAGAGGAAAGUAGAAGAGGCGAUUUUUACAAAGGGACUGAAACCAUGAAAAACGAAACCCAGUGCCACCCAGAAAAUGGAGGUGAGGCCAGAAAGCUCUGUUUCCUCCUUUCUCCUUGAAUAAUCAUUCCAGAGUGGAACCAACUCCGCCAGGGCUCUGGGCACGUUUCCGGACUUUGGCCGCGCAAGCUGAGGGCUGGGGGAAGCUGGGGGAAGCCCCCGAUGAUGAGCGACCGGUGCCGGGCCGGAUGGGAAGUGACGUUCCGGGUCGCUCGGCUGGGGGAAGGGACAGCAGGGAUGCACGCAGCCUCAGGCCUGGUCUUUUUACUUCCCAGGAACCAUAUGUAGCUUGUGCUUCUAGAAUUGGUUUGAGAUGGUCUUGCUGGCCCAGGGCUUCAGUGAGGGGUGGGGGUGGGGGUGGGGUCGCUGCAGGUCCCCCACUAGCCCUGCAGUGGGAGGUGGUGGGUGAGCGAACUGGGGGGGCCGCCCCUGGGGUUGGGGAGGGAGGGCGUCCCGCCCCCCACGUGUCUGGCUUCUGUUUCCCUCAGCCCCACAGAGAGGCUGUCCCUGGGUCUCCCUCCACUCCAUCCCCCUUCCUGCCUCAGAGCCCUGGUUCUGCCCUGGGUGGUGGCAGACAGGGGAGGGUCCCCAGGCCUGAUCGUGGUGACCCUCAGCCCCCCAACAUGGUUGCCAGAUUUGGCGAAUAAAAAUGCAGGGCACCAAGUUAAAUUUGAAUUUCAGAUAAACAACCAAUAAUUUCAAAGUGUAAGUCAGUCCCUCCUAGGCGCUGUUUGGGACUCACCCAAAACUCAGGCUGCCCCGCCGUCCAUGCUCUGUCUGGCAGGCCAGUCCUGCGACCACUGCUGCCUCGCUCUCACCCCGAGCCUCGGGGCAGGGACAGGUCACCAGGAUUCUACCCAUUCUUUGAGCUGCAAUACUGGGAAGGGGGACACUGUGACUUGAAGACACAAGAAUAUAUUUUUUAAGCGACAACAAGAACCUUCUGAAGCCAUUUGAGCCUCACGGAGAGGGUGGUCACCUGUGAACACGACCCCAGUCUCAUCCCACCAAGAUGCAUGUCUCAACUCUGUGUAAAUAACCGCAUGGCAAUGCUGAGUGCCCCCAGCCCCGUUUUACACAACUUGAACUGCUCCUUCGACUCUGUGUGUAAAGUCCUUCCCCUCGCCCUCCCGGCCCCCCUGCCCUGCCACGCGCCGGGGGGGAGUUGGCCUCUGGCCCAGGUCUGACCAGGGGACCGUGGGCAGAGCUGACCCUCGGCGCCCUGCGUCCAGCCCUGUGCCCUGUGUGUGUGUGUGUGGUGUGCCCCCUCCUCCCACUCUCUGAAUUCACUGAAAAGCCAUACAGGGGCCCCUGCGGGGCCAUCCUCCCAGGGCUCCCCUCAGGACACUCGUGAAGGGCUCACCCAUCGUCACCUCUGCUCCCAGCCCCACGUUGCGAGGACGGAUGGUGUCCAGGUCUCCCAGUGGGGCCCCAGCAGAUGCCCCCGCUGGCCCGGCUCCCUCACCUGGUGUUGCGGUCCGACUCCACGUCGGGGGGUGGAUGGGCCAUGGGGGUAGCCCGUGCAGGCGACGAGGGUUCUCAGGAGCUGUUGGUGGCCGGGUCUGUGGUCAGGUCCCCAAUGCCGCCCGGGUGGACAACCAGCCCUGCUCACGUGACACUGGGGGCUUGGGGGGCCAAGGGUGGCAGUGGGGAGGGACCCUGGGGGCUGGAGAGCACAGUAGGCCAAGCUCCCCCGCAUGCUCUCUCCUGCGGCUGGGCGGCUCUGGCUACGAGGGACCCUCGCCAGCGCCCCGGCCCAGCCCCGGCCAGGUGUCCCAUGGGAGGGCGGGAGGUAGAAGGGGGCCCCAGGUCCCGAGCCAUCUCGCUGAACCAGGAGGGACAGUAGCCGCAGGCCCCGGUGCAGAGGAACGCCACGCACGGGAGCGACCCCUCCGGCCAGCCCUGAUGGGAGGAGGGGGAAAUGCAGGGGGUCUGACAGGAGCGCCGCCGAGGCCGCAGGUGGGCAGGCGGGCCCUGUGCGCUACGAGCCAGGCCCCUUGUGCUGGGGGGGUGGCGGGAGCCGGGGGUGCAUAGGGCCCCCCUCAGCCAUCGGGACCCCAGGACCCCUUCCGAGAAGCCAGACGUUCUGCCCUGGCGCUUCCUCUCCGAGGGCGGGAUCCGCUGCUUCUGAAAUCCUGGGGUCUGAAGACUGCAAGAGCAUGGCGGGCAGGCCCCAGGCCCCCUGGCACGCGCAGCCCCACCAGGACCCCUGCCUUCGCCGUCCCAGGAAGGACCCAUGUCCAGCACCCACCCCCCCGCCCCGUGGACUCUGUUCUUGUCUCAUCUCUUGUCAACGUGUUCUUUUGUAAUAAGCGGCAUCUCCUUAUUAAAGGAAUGAGCUGAAAGCA